AGCCGCUAGCACGUUGCACGUGUUAACAAAAAGUAUUUAAUUUGAUUCAUAAUAUACAGAACUGAAACGUUAAAUCAAAACAUUGAGACAAAAUGCAACACGACGAUGUCGUUUGGAGCAUCAUCAACAAAUCCUUCUGCUCACACAAAGUCAAAACUGAUACGCGCACCUUCUGUCGCCAUGAAUACAAUCUGACGGGCUUGUGCACGCGUCGCACCUGCCCGCUGGCCAACUCACAAUAUGCAACAGUGCGCGAGGAGAAGGGCAUCAUUUAUCUGUUCAUCAAGACAGCGGAACGGGCACAUAUGCCGAGCAAGCUGUGGGAGCGUAUCAAGUUGUCGCGCAACUUCGAGAAGGCCAUCCAGCAGAUCAACGAGAACUUGGUAUUCUGGCCCAAAUACAUGAUAGCCAAAAACAAGCAGAGAUUCCUGAAGAUCACACAGUAUCUGAUGCGCAUGCGAAGACUGAAGCUGCGCCGCCAGAAGCUGAUUGUGCCGCUGUCCACGAAGAUCGAACGACGCGAAGCGCGUCGUGAACAGAAGGCGCUCAUCGCGGCCAAGAUCGAUAAUCACAUUGAGAAGGAGCUGCUGACGCGCUUGAAGAUGGGCACGUACAAGGAUAUCUACAAUUUCUCACAGACGGCGUUUAACAAGGCGCUGGAAGCGGAGCAUGUGGACGAGGAUGAGGACGAGCGCGAGGAGGAGGACGAAGAGGAAGAGCGCGAGCAUGAGACGGAAAUGGAAGUGGAUGAAGCCAGGGAGCUGCGACGUGCACUCAACGAUACAGAAGAGUUUGUCGAGGCGGACAGCGAUGAUGAUGAAGACGAGGAAGAGGACUACGGCGAUGAUGAUGAUGAAGAUGAGGAGAGCGAUUCAGGCCAGCGCGAAGAGGUGGAAAUGGACAGCGACUUUGCGCAGUCCGACGAUGAUGAUGACAAUGAGGAUGAUAUUGAGGACACCCACGUGCCGACGAAACCCACAAAGAAGCGCAGCUCCGAGGAUAAGAAGUCAAAGGCAACAACAAAGGAUACAACAACAACAACAGUUGCAGCUAAGCGACGCGGCAAACCGAAACUGCAAGUGGAAUAUGAAGUUGAAUAUGAAGCUGAGGCUAAUCCAGCACGGCAAAUGCGUCAUAAGUGAGGUAGAAAUAACGUUUAAAGAAGAAGCAGAAGCAGAA